GUUUGUUACUUAGAAUUGAGUAAAGUAAUGGCUACACACUCGCCAUUCGUACGCUCUCCGUUUGGGGAGACCACGAACCUCUCCUACAGAGAACAAACGAUCGAGGAGAUGUACUCUGUGCCGGAGAGCUUUUUGGAAAUCGAGGUUAGGAACCCGCAGACCCACGGCGUAGGACGCAAGAUGUACACGGAUUAUGAGAUCGUUUGUAAGACAAACAUCCCCGCCUUCAAACUGCGGCACUCGAUCGUUCGCCGGCGGUACAGCGACUUUGAAGCGUUUCGUGACAUCCUCGAGCGGGAAUCGACACGGGUGAACAUCCCCCCUCUCCCGGGGAAGGUGUUUACCAACCGGUUCUCGGACGAAGUCAUCGAGCAGCGACGGGAAGGACUGGAGAGGUUCUUGAGCAUCGUUGCUGGGCAUCCGCUUUUGCAGACGGGAAGCAAGGUGCUGGGCGCGUUCUUGCAGGAUCCGAGCUGGGACAAGUCCCAAUCGAUGUGAACGAUCCGCGUACCCGAGGGAUCACCUGCAUCCCUUAAGAGGGGAGGUUGGCUGUGUUCCCCUACUAUUGACGUCCUGUUGCAGCUUCACUUGUUUUAUCCCGACCUCAUUGUAUAUCACGUUCUGUUACGUCGUUCUAUGGAAUCAAUCUUC